AUGUCAUCUUCAAAUGUUGAUUGGAAGCCACGGGUUGGUAUGAAAUUUGAUAAUAUAGAUGUGGCUUAUCAAUUUUGGCUUACAUACAGUGUCCAUGCUGGUUUUGGAGUUAGAAAACGUUAUGCGAACAAGAAUAAAGACGACACUAUAUCAUCUUGUAGGUUUGUUUGUUCCAAGGAAGGGGUACGAAAGAUAGACAAGAGAGAUGUUUUUGUUAACAUCCAUAGAGCCGAGACUAGAACGGAUUGCAAAGCAAGAAUUUCACUUGUAUGCAAAAAUGGAAAUUUUGUCAUCCAUGAAUUUGUAGAGGAUCAUAACCAUCCUCUACAACUUCCAGAGACAACACACAUGCUUGCAUCACAUAGGAAGAUAACUGAAGUCCAAGCAUAUGAGAUUGAUUUGGCUGAUGAUUCUGGAUUAAGGCAAAAGUCAACAUUUCAACUUAUGAGCACACAUGCAGGAAACAGAGCAAAUCUUGGAUUUACACGGUUGGAUGUGAAAAAUUACCUCAGUGCAAGAAGACAAAGAAGUAUGAUGUACGGAGAUGUUGGUUGUCUUUCACAAUAUUUUCAACGACAAUUGUUGGAAAAUCCGUCUUUUUUUCACGCAUACCAAAUGGAUAUAGAAGAACAAAUCACAAAUGUGUUUUGGUGUGAUGCAAAUAUGGUGUUGGAUUACGGGUAUUUUGGUGACGUUGUGUCAUUGGACACUACAUAUUGUACCAAUCAUGUUAAUAGACCGCUUACAAUUGAGUCAUUUAAGUGGUUGUUUGAUACAUUCUUACAAGCACACAACCAUAAAAAACCAAAAACUGUUUUCACUGAUCAAGAUCAAGCAAUGGCUAGGGCACUAGCUAAAGUCAUGCCUGAAACUCACCAUGGUUUAUGCACAUGGCACUUGUUGCAAAAUGAAAUUAAACACCUUGGGAACUUGAUGAAGGGAGGAAGUUAUCUUUUAAGAGAUUUCAAGAAAUGCAUGUAUGAUAUUGACGUUGAAGCAGAUUUUGAGACUGCUUGGACAAACUUGAUCAACCAAUAUGAUGUUCAUGAAAAUAAUUGGAUCAAAUCAGUUUAUGCUAUUAAAAAAAAAUGGGCUGCUUGUUACAUGAAGGAAGCGUUCACUCUUGGCAUGCGGAGUACCCAACUCAGUGAAAGCUUGAAUGCUCACUUCAAAUCUGGUAUGAAACCCAAUGUGGAUAUUAUACAAUUUUUCAAGCACUUUGAACGAGUUGUUGAGGAGAAGAGAAGCAACGAGUUGAGUUAUGAGUAUGAGUCCUCACAUAAGCUUGCAAGGUUAAGAUACGAGUUGUCACCAAUAUUGAUACAAAUGAGAUAUGUGUACACGCACGUUGUAUUUGAGUUGUUUCAAAACGAGUUUAAGUUAUUCUUAGCUUUAUCGAUAUUAGAGAGAAAUGAGUCUCACUCUUUAUGUGAAUAUGUCAUAACUAUGGUUAACCAUGAAGGAUUUUGGAGAGUGUCAUUCGAUCGUGCUUCAACCUCUAUUACUUGUAGUUGUCGAAAGUUUGAGACAUUUGGCAUACUUUGUUCACAUGUGUUGAAAGUGUUUGAAGCAAAUGAUGUGAAAGUCAUUCCUGAGAAGUAUAUUUUAAGAAGGUGGACAAGAGAAGCUCGUUGUGGCAUUGUGCACGAUUUUAGGGGAAAAGAGGUUGAAGGAGAUCCAAAGUUAUCUCGAACACGGAAGUUUAGACAAGUUGUCUCUAAAUUUAUUAGAGUGGCGGCCGAGGCAUCGCCUUGUGAAGAACACCUUAAGAUUGUUGAUAACUAUGUAGAUGUCAUGUGUAAGAAAAUAAAGGAAUGUCGCUUACAAGUCAUAGACAAUGAAAUUAAUGAGAACCCGACAUUUGUGAGUAAUAAUGUUAUGCAACCAACGGGGUUCAAGAAACGGCCUAACUUAAAGAGACACAUGCAUAAGCGUCCUAAGAGUUUUAUUGAAAAGAAAAAAGCUCCGUCUAGAAGGAAAAAAGCUCAGGAUAAACUUGGAGAAAGUCACAUGCUCGACGAAGUAUCUUGUUCAGCACCUCCAACUUAUGAGCCCCCACAAACACAAAAGGAUCAGUUCAGUUUCACAACAUUGUUGAUUGCACCCCUUGAUGAGACAAACGUUCCAACAUUAUACUGA